AUGACCCAUUUCGAUUUUGACCCGACCCACGAAGUGAACCGUCAAGAUUCGGAUUUUGAAGAAGAAACCGAUGAGUUCGAGAGUUUGGAUGACGUCUAUAGUAAAUUAAAAAGCGGCGGGGGACACGUGGACAGAUCAAAGUCCGAUGGCGACUUUGCGGCGAAGGUUGAGGCUCGCCGGCCGGCGACUUCAAGAAAGGCAGCGGCGGCGGCGAUGGACGAGGAAGACGUACACGGGGAUGACGUGGAGGUUGAUGCAAAGGCUGAUGAUUUUAUUAACAAGUUUAAGAAUGAUUUGAAAUUGCAAAGGAUUGAGUCCAUAAUGAAGAAGAAUAGUGGGAAAAAGUAG